AUGAAAAAGUCCACUGUUUUCAUAUGCCCCAUCAUCCCUCCUACAGCACUGCCUGAGGCCCAGAACAUCCAUGGGCUCCAGUAUAACUUGGUCAUCCCUGACCAGGGGCUUUUGUUGACUAAUGAUGCAAAAGUUGAAAACUGUGCUGCCAUAUGCCAGAAAGCCUUCAUGGGUAUAGAAGAGCUAGAUGUUUCAGACCCUGAAAAUCCAUGCCUUCAUCUUGGUGGGCAUAAUUCAUGCAACAUUCAGACCUCAGCUGCCAGAAUUUGGGCCUUGCAAUAUGCAUGCAAUAUGGGGAUGAAAGCCAUGGACUGUCUUUGUCAAAUCAUCAACUCACACAGUGAGGCAGCAGAUGAUGACAAGGCAGAGGAGGCAAAAAAGUUGUAUGAAGCAGAAGAGCACUGA